GGUUGAUACAGGACUGACCGAGUCCUGAGGUCUCUACAGGUGUGACAGACUCCUGAGGUCUCUACAGGACUGACCGAGUCCUGAGGUCUCUACAGGACUGACCGACUCUUGAGGUCUCUACAGGACUGACCGACUCUUGAGGUCUCUACAAGACUGACCGACUCCUGAGGUCUCUACAGGACUGACAGACUCCUGAGGUCUCUACAGGACUGACCGAGUCCUGAGGUCUCUACAGGACUGACCGACUCUUGAGGUCUCUACAAGACUGACCGACUCCUGAGGUCUCUACAAGACUGACCGACUCCUGAGGUCUCUACAGGUGUGACCGACUCCUGAGGUCUCUACAGGUGUGACAGACUCCUGAGGUCUCUGCAGUGUGUCCCAGUGAUGAGGUCCCCUAACUUCUUCCUCUGGUUCCUCUUCCUGCUGGGAGUAGGAUGUCUGCCGCUGCUGCUCCACCUGGAAUACCUCAACAACACCUUCAGGCAGCUGAGAACAGGUCAGUGAUAUUCAACUCCAGACUCUGCAGCCCAGUCUCCCCAGACCCAGACCCAGACCCAGACCCCCACAGAUGACGCUGCCCUGGAAACUGAAGAAGGAGGAGAGCUGGUCACAGAAAAGGAGGACGAGGCAGACGAUCCAACAGCCUCACACAUCUCCUCUCUGAUCGCGUCUCUUAUGACGAGCAACACCACUCCUCCCAUCACAGAACGUCUGAAAAACACCUCUGCAGGUAACAGCACUCCUACUGGAUGGGAGGAGGGACUGCAGCAGCUGGUGCUGAAGCAGGAGUUACGGCACCAGGUGCUGGCCAACAUCUGCUCCAAAUACCAGCUGGGCUCCUGGGACCAGGUCGUCUCCAAAACACACAUGUCUAUGAUCCAUGUGGAGGACCAGUCCAGGCUGCUGUACUGUGAGGUUCCCAAAGUCGGCUGCUCCAACUGGAAGCGGGUGCUGAUGGUUCUGGCAGGCCGAGCCACCUCUGUACUCGACAUCCCUCAUGUGAUGGCACACUUCAAAAACAAACUGCGGAAACUGGAGGAAUAUGGCCCAAAGGGCAUCAACCAGAGGCUGAACGCCUACACCAAGGUGCUGUUUGUUAGGGAUCCUUUUGAGCGACUGGUGUCAGCAUAUCGAGACAAGUUUGAGAAUAAAAACGAUUACUACCAUUCUCUGUUUGGACGGCCCAUCAUCUCCAGGUACCGCGCCAACCCCUCACUAGAAGCCCUGCGCACAGGUGAUGGUGUCACCUUCAGGGAGUUUGUGCACUACCUGCUGGACCCGCAACGUCCAGUGGGGAAUGACAUCCACUGGGCAAAGAUGAGCACUCUGUGUCCACCUUGUGUGAUCCGCUAUGACUUCAUCGGCAAGUUUGAGAACAUGAACAGUGAAGCCAACUUCCUGCUGCGGAGCAUCGGAGCACCACAGAACCUCAGCUACCCCGACUAUAAGGACAGAAACCCUGAGGACGAGAGGACGCACUCCUCCGUCAUGAAGAAAUAUUUCUCCCAGCUGAACGCCACUGAGAGGCAGGGAGUCUACGACUAUUACCGCAUCGACUAUGAGAUGUUUGACUUCCCCAAACCCCUCCAAGACCUGCACUGA